UCAGCGUGUUGCGUGAGCUAUGGAGCCUCAUGUCGCAGAACUGAAGCAGAAGAUUGAGGACACGUUGUGUCCUUUUGGCUUCGAGGUUUACCCCUUCCAGGUGGCAUGGUACAAUGAACUCCUGCCUCCAGCCUUCCACCUGCCCCUGCCAGGACCUACCCUGGCCUUCUUGGUACUCAGCACACCGGCCAUGUUUGACCAGGCCCUCAAGCCCUUCUUGCAGAGCCACCACCUCCAAUCACUAACUGACCCUGUGGAUCAGUGUGUGGCCUACCACCUGAGACGUGUUAGACAGAGCCUCCCAGAGCUGCAGAUGGAAGUCAUUGCUGACUACGAGGUAUACCCCAACCGGCGCCCUAAGAUUCUGGCCCAGACAGCAGCCCAUGUGGCAGGAGCUGCUUAUUACUACCAACGCCAAGAUGUGGAAGCUGACCCAUGGGGAACUCAGCACAUAGCAGGUGUGUGCAUACACCCCCGAUUUGGGGGCUGGUUUGCCAUCCGUGGUGUCGUGCUGCUGCCAGGGACAGAGACUCCAGAUCUGCCACGGAAAAAGCCCCCUGACUGUGUACCUUCUAGAGCUGCCCGAAUUACCCUGCUUGAAGGCUUCAAUUUCCAUUGGCGUGAUUGGACUUACCGGGAUGCUGUAACACCCCAAGAGCGUUACUCAGAAGAACAAAAAACCUAUUUUUCCACCCCACCUGCCCAACGCUUAGCCCUAUUAGGUUUGGCCCAGACCAAAGAAGAGCCUAGCCCUAUAUUCCCUGAGUUUCCCUUUACAACACUCACAAAGAAGUCCCAGAUUCCCAGCAGUGCACGGAGCUGGCUCAGCCCCAGCAUCUCACCACCUGUAUCCCCUGGCCCUUGAUACCUUCCCUAUUCUGUGGAAUCCCAUUUAUAGUGGUACUUGCUAGGACUUUGGCAAAAGUAAGAUUUUAUUUGGGGUACAAGAUGACCAUUUCUUGGUCCAGAUUUUCAAUAAUAAUUAAGAUUUGGUUAAGGCAAAUCUGCACUUAGCCUUGAGUAUGGGAUUCUUGCCCCAUUUCUAUGGUGUGCUCCAAGGAAGUCAUCCCCAAAUAGUACCCUCAUAGGGUUGUGGGGAUUAAAUAAAUGUCUGGCAUAUAA